CAAACUAUCAGUAAAAUGCGAUCUGGAAACCAAAGCGGACAGCAACGUACAUAUUCCAAUGCAACUUUCAUCUGUUUCUGCGACCUAACAACCGUCGUAAGGUAUGGUGGACAAUCGGAACCUAUUCGACAAGGCUUUGGAUUAUGUCUAUGCAAAGCUGUAGAUUACUGGAUUCGAAUCCGAAGGAUACUGUUAUGGAGUGUGGUAAUGCCUGUUGCAUGCCUCGGCAGCUGCCGGACAAACCGACCUCGUGCCAGCAGCUUUGGCUUAAAGGACUUCUGCAGUACCAGCUUCAAGUGGGAAAUAGCUUACGGAAAAAUGGCCGACAGUUUGCUUCUCAACAGAAUCGUCAGAACUAUACCCCUAAGUGAUUAAGAAGACCGAUACCCGAAAUCGAUGUUGAAUCGUACGUUGGUCGGUGCCCGACAGUUGGUCUCCAAUAAGGUGGGAAUCUGCUAUGCCGAUGUGCGUCUGUCGAACGGUUCUUUGGUGUUUGUAGGCAAAAGCACAAUGCUACCAGAAUCCUCGGAAAAGUUAAACUGCGAUUUGCAGCAUCGGACGUGAAAUGCGAGACGAAUCAUAACGAAUGGCAAUUUCCGUUAUAGAAUGAUAGUCUUUUGAGUAAGUAAAUAAAAAACAUUAAUAGUUUUUUAUCAGUUUAGUCAGUGAAUCGUUUGUGACACAUACAGGAUGCAGUGAAAAUGCAAAACUGAUAUAAUUUUGAAUUUUUGUUUUAUAUUCAACCAAGUUGAUGGCGUUUCUUAAUUUUUUUUUCUAAAUGCAGGUUGUUAAAUGGAGCUGGAAAUAUGAUCUGUGCGCAAACUAUCUUUAGAUGACUUUUCAAACAACAAGACGAAUAGAUUUUCAAAGAAAUAUCUUUUGCACACUGCUUUUCAAUAAAUAAACGCCAUGAAUCGCAGUCCUUAGGAUAAGCCAGACUAAUAAUGUCUCUUGAUAUUAAAAAUAAGGAUAGUAAACUCUUCGAGAGUAG